CUAGUCUCUCUCUCGGAUCGUAAGCUAAACCUUAAUAUGAUAGUAAAUCAUAGACAUUCCUGCUCCAUAAUUCCCCCGAACUUGCCAUAGAUACAUGUCGAUCACCGUGGUUGAACUUGCGAGCAUCUUCCCUCUCUCUCUUUCCCUCUCCCCAGACAAAAAAAUACCACACACUCCAUUCAAGUCAAAAGUCAUUUGAAGAUGCUCGCCAUGCUUUCCCUCUGCAUCCUCUGCUCCGCUGUUUUCGUCGCUGCUCUCCCCCAGAAACUCUCAGUCAGACAAGCAUUGCAGCCUUUCGAGUUGCAAAGUGUGACAUCAUACCUGCUCAGCCAGCAGUACACCAUCGAAUUCAACUUUACCGAUCCCAAUACUGGAAACCGGGCAAUUUGCCAGACUGCAUGGGCCGAGAACACUGCAGCUCCCAGUUACGCUCUAGGCUGCAGCGACUCUACAUUCGGUUUCAAGUUGGACCCAUUUGUUGGCGUGAACAAUUUCACCCUUGACCUCUAUCACUGGGCUAAUAGCCUUGCUGGCUCUGCAUAUCUGUAUGGAAGUGUCCCGUGGGAACCACCGAGUGGCCCCCUUUCAUGUGUUGUUCCACAAGCCGGUGAGGGCGUAUGCUCGGCUAAAUCGGUCUCGGUCUCAGUUUCGGUCAUGUAAGAUGAGGAGUAGAAUUCACAGGUCAUAGUUCCAGUAUCUAAACCCCA